CCCAGAGUGCCAUGAUAGAUCUUUUGUACUAUGAGUUCAAACUGCAUUAUAACUUGGGAAGUUUCUUCAAGUUAAGUGAAGAUUUCAACUCAUGAUGGUGAUGAGAGCAACAAAUCUUGUGUAAAUCUGCAUCAGUUGCCAUAAAAGCAUUACAGAUUUACAGACGGAACAACCGAAGAAGGUAUGAUGGAAAACACGGAGGGAGCGAGUGGUCAUCAACAAGAUUCACCAAUCUACGAGUCAUUAAAAAGGGAUAUUCAAAACUUAAAACAAUUGUCUUCAAAAGAAUGCAUAUUCAAAGUGCAUGAAGGGCUACGUAGAACAAACACAGAAGCUUAUACGCCAUUGCUAAUUUCCAUCGGCCCUUACCACCAUGGGAACCCCAAAUUGCUCAAAAUGCAAAAUCUGAAGCUCAAGUAUUUAGACUUAUUUCUGAAAAGAGAAAAACAACCCAGUAUGGAGCAGUGCUGGGAGAAAUUAAAGGCUUCAAAAGAAAAAGCAGCAAGCUAUUAUGGUGCUGAGGACAUAGAACUCCUCGAUGGUGAUAAAUUCGUGAAGAUGCUGUUGCUUGAUGGGUGUUUCAUAGCUGAAUUUCUUUACAGGGAAUAUGGUGAACAAAGAGCUAAUAAGGAAGAAGAAGAGAAGGAGCUGAGAAAGAAGAAAUCCAAUGCUGUUUUCAUGCCUACUGGGAUGAAACUUCAAGUUGUUCGUGAUCUGUUGCUGCUAGAAAACCAGAUUCCCUUUUUUGUCCUGCAAAAACUCCAUGGUAUGGUUUAUGAUGAGAGCAAAGCAACAUUCUUGGACAUAGUGAAAAUCACAUUUGCAAGUAUGCUAACAAAGGUAAGCUUAAUUCCCCCAAUUGUCCCAACUCUUGGGGAUAAUAAUAAUAAUAAUAAUUCCACAGAAGAGAUGAAGCACUUAGUUCAGAUAGUUCACAAUCUCAGCAAUCCUCAAAAUAAUGGGACUCAGGAACAGAGACAUUAUUGGACAUGUUUUCCUUGCAGCUUGGCGAAACAAUCACAAGAUUGCGAUAUACGAACAGCAACCGAGCUGCAAGAAGCAGGGAUUAACCUUAAAAAGGCUGUCGACGAGAGCUCGAGUCUAUUUCACAUAAAGUUCAAUCAUGGUGAACUAGAGAUCCCCAAAUUCCAUAUCACUGAUCCAACAGAGACAUUCUUCAGAAACAUGAUAGCCUACGAGCAACAUUCGUGCGACGAGAACAACAUGUAUUUCACAGAUUAUGCCCAGUUCAUGGAUAAUCUGAUUAAUACAGAGAAAGAUGUGAACUUGUUUCGGAUGAAUGGGGUUCUCAUAAAUUGGCUAGGGGAUGACAAAGAAGUGACUGAUCUUUUUAACCGGCUUUGUAAAGGGGUUGUGUAUUCUUCUUGUGAUAACUUUUAUUACAGUGAUGUGUGCAAGAAAUUGAAUGGACACUAUAACAAACCGUGGAAUGUGAUGAUGGCGAAACUAAGGCACGAUUACUUCCACACUCCCUGGGCUGCGAUUUCAACCAUUGCAGCUGUGUUUCUUCUUUCGCUCACUGUGGCACAAACUGUUAUAGCUGUACUUGAUCUACAUUUGUUUGUGAAAUAUGUAAAAGGGUUCACAAUCUGUCAUAGAAGCUGAGGGAUCAAGCAAGGACGUGAGAAAAUAGAGUUUAUAAGUACAGUCCAUUUUUGUGGUAACACAGAGGUGUUUAGUAGGUGGUUAUGUGACAUUCAUAACACCCAGAAAGCUUUCUGAACUGAAUGCCUCUAGACGAGCCGUCGUAACUUGAACCGCCGUCGAAAAGGACCUGGAAGACGAGCUGUUGUUGCCGCAUCCGUUUUUUUCUUGCUGAGAAGCCGAGUCUCCUGGCCCAAACUGCUACUGUCUAGGGAGUUAUCGGCUUGGUGAACCGCCCGGCUAGUGUUCCCAUGAACGACGUCUCUGAAGUUGACCAUAAAUUGGAUGUCUUUGACCAGGAGCAAGCUGUGAUCGAGCUGAGAAAGAUGACUAGGACAAACGAGGAAGCUUUGCUCUUCGAGGCUUUUAUUGGCAUUGAAGCCGCUGAUAGUGUCCAUGUACGCCGGAAUUCAGGCGAACGUCUGCGCCCCAUUGGUCAACCUCUCUCUCGCGAAAGUCAACAAGGGCGCGAGCACGAUGUCGGCACGAUUUUCAAUUUAGCGCUCGAGGACGACAACAAGACGGCCAUUGGUGUCUUGGGUUCGUUGCCGCCGCUUAUGCACGCACUCAGUCAAGGGGUUGAUGAAGGAGGCAAAGGCGACGGAGGUUUUGCUCCGGCUACUGGGCGAAGGAAGAAAAGAAAUGACAUGAAAUGACCGUUUUGCCCCCACUUAUAAAUAAUUAAAAAAUGGGUUAUAUUUUUCCCGCGGGGAAGACUAAUUGUGUUAAAAAAUGUAUAGUUAAGGGACUAAAUUGUUAGUUUUAAUGUUAAGUGUUUUAAUUAAAAA